ACCAAUUCAGCAUUGUAAAAUAAAUAAUGCAAAAUUUUCUUCAUCUUAUUUACUAAUUAGGCUCUAGAAGAAAUCGGAAGAGAAUGCAACAUGACAGAGGAAUGCGUUAAAAAAAGACCUAGUCGUUGAGGAGCACGUACAUAGUUGAAAAGAAGAAGGUGUAGCAGAGCAAAAAGUCUGGUUGUGAUGGAUGGAUGGUGAGGAGAUGAUUUUCCUGGAUGCCUCUAUUUUGACAGGGGAGGCAAGGGAUAACGUUUCGAACAACAUCCUAAAUAAGUCAAUUUAUGUGGAUGACACAACAACUUCCAAGUCUUUUGAUUCUGACAUCUCCACUCUGUCAUCUUCGAGGAAAAGGAAACAUGAAGAUGAAAUAAAUACAGACAAACUCGAUGAAGCGAUUGACAAAAUUGUCAACAUCAGUAAACCCACAGUUGAUGCUUUUAGUAUUUCGCAGACGCUUCGUGCCAUGCCCGAAGAAACUGCGUAUCUAACUACGAAAGAAAUACAAGACUUAUUGUUCCAACGUAAAUUUAGUAAAGUGGAAAACAGUACGGAGUUUGAAAUAAGAGAAACAGGAUCGCCAGACACACAUGGUUCUAACAUACUCUACUUAGCAAUGCCAUCUGUAGAAAUAGAUCCACUGAUCAACGAGGAUUCGUUUUUGUAUUAAAAAUAAAUAAACAAACUAACACCCCUAUUCCGCAACUCUUUCGUA